AUGGAAAGAAAUAGGAAACUAAGAAAAACCUUCAGAACAGCAUUUACCAGAAUUUAUAAUGGGAUAAAUGAGGAGCUAUGCAAAGAUGAGCAAGACCUACACAAUAUACAGGGUAAAUUGAGUUCUCUGGAAGGUAAGAUAGAAGAACUAAAAACUUUGGACAGGGAAAUUUUAGAUUUCUUGCUUGAUUCUGAAGCAGAUGAAGAAGAGUUAAAUGAAGAAGUUAGGAUAGCAGAUGAAUAUGUAGAGAAGUUUAAUCGAAUUAGUUUAGCUGUACAGAGUAGAUUGAUUAAGUCUAGGGCCACUUCACCUAAUUCCGAUGGGUCUGUAAAGAGUAAAUCUACUGCUGUUAGGACUAAGCUGAGGCUACCUACUAUUGAAUUCACAAAGUUUAGCGGGGAUUUGAAGGAUUGGCUACCUUUUUGGGCACAAUUCAAAAGAAUAGAUGAUGACGAGAAUAUCGACGAUAUUGAUAAAUAUCAUUAUCUUGUGCAGGCUACUUUAGCUAAUUCUAGGGCUCGUCAGCUGGUCAAAAGUUAUCCUGCUACCGCUGGGAACUAUUCAAAAGCUUUGCAAAGUCUUAAAAGUCGUUUUGGUAGAGAUGACCUUCUCAUAGAAGUGUAUAUUAGAGAACUUUUGAAGUUAGUGCUGAGUAAUUUAAACAGUAAGGUAGAAGUUUCUUGCAUUUACGAUAAACUGGAAACCCAACUAAGAGCAUUGGAGACAUUAGGAGUAACAACUGACAAAUUUUCUGCUAUGUUAUAUCCUCUUAUAGAGUCUUGUUUGCCCGAGGAACUGUUGAGAGCUUGGCAGCGUCACUCCGGCUAUGAAGUUGAUGCUGAACUUAAGGAUAGACUUGAUGGUUUGAUGAAGUUUCUGCAAAAGGAGGUUGCUAACGAAGAAAAGAUUACUCUAGCCGCAUCUGGUUUUGAAAAUAGUAAGCGACCUAAACUACAGCCUAAAGUAAGUAAAUCUACUGUAUUUCGACCUAAGCCUAGUUACGCCAGACAUACUGAAAUGAUGCCGACAGCUGCUGGUUUAGUUAACCCAACGAAGUUUGAUAAGUUAAAUACUAAAGACGCUAAAUGUAUGUUUUGUGGUUCUAACCACUUAGCUGAAAACUGUAAAGACAGUAAAUUGACAGUAGACGAGAAGGUGAAAAUCGUUGGAAAAAAUGGUUGUUGCUUUACUUGCUUGAAGUAUGGUCAUAGGAGUGCGCAAUGUAAAGUUAGAGUAAAAUGUCCCAAUUGUGGAAGGAGGCACACUGCUGUUAUGUGUAGGGCAUCUGCUGCAGAAGGAAGUUCAUUGAGUGAACAACCAAGCAAAGAAAGUUCUCUAGCAAACAAUGUUCACACAGAAGUGUUUUUACAAACCUUUUUAGUAAAAAUUAGAAACCAAAAUCGAGAGCGAACAGCACGUGCUUUAAUAGAUACGGGAUCACAACGAUCUUAUAUUUUGAAAAAUACAGCAAAGGAAUUUGGCUACGACAUAGUCAGAAAGGAGAAGCUAGUUCAUGCUUUAUUUGGUGGCACUAGUACUGAAGCAAUUCAACAUGCGUGUUAUAAGGUUAGACUAAGUGACUUAAAUAACAGUUAUGCCUGCAAUUUUGACGUUUUUGAUCAAGAUAUAAUUUGUAACGAUGUUACAGCAGUUAAGCCUGGUCCUUGGUCCAUUGAGCUUGGAACACUGGGAAUUAAUGUAACAGAUGGAGACGGGCCUAUUGAAGUUCUGAUAGGUGCAGACGUUGCCGGGAAACUAUACACUGAGAAACGAUAUCUGCUUUCCAACGGGUUAGUUGCGAUGCACACUUUGUUGGGCUGGACUUUAAUGGGAAGAACUACAGUUGAAGGGAAUGACAGGUCCAGUUCUAUGGCAGUAAUUUCUUUACUUUCUCCUAUUGAUAAUAAAUCCAUUUCAGAUUUGUGGAGUUUGGAUGUUUUAGGAAUCAAGGAUCCAGUGGAGGUAAAGAGUGAAUCUUCAGUUAAAAGUAGAACAAUGGAACAUUUUGUAGAAUCUGUUUCAGUGGAAAAUGAUGGCAGAUAUCAGGUCAAAUUGCCAUGGGUUGAAGAUCACCCACCGUUACCUACUAAUUUGAAAGUAGCACAGAAGAGACUCAGUAAUCUUACAAAUAAACUUAAUUCUAGUGGAUAUCUUAGUUCAUAUCAACAGGUGUUGUCUGACUGGGAGGAAUUAGGUAUCAUAGAGAAAGUUAACGAUGCUGAUUUGGAAAUUGGUCACUACCUACCGCAUCGACAUGUGAUAAAAGAAAACAGUCUUACCACGAAAUUGAGACCUGUAUUUGAUGCAUCUGCUAAAGAAAAGAAUCAGCCCUCGUUGAACGAGUUGUCUAGAAAAAGGUGA